UUUGACAAUUAACUUGUAAUUUAGUUUUUGGAUCAUAGAAAACAAUAAUGAUGAUAAAUAUUUACAAUUUAAUUAAUAUUUUACUCUUGCAUUUUUAUUAAAUUAAAACUUUAAGUUUUAAUUUUAGGCAAGCAAGGCUUUCCCUCUCAAGCCUGGAGACACUAUAUUUUAUCGUAAAAAAAUACAACUUUAUCUCAAUAUAAUUAACCAUAUACAUGAUGGAGUUUAUGAAAGAAGCACUUGAUCUAGCCAAAGAAGCUUUACAGGCCAAUGAAGUUCCAGUUGGGUGUGUUUUUGUUAAAGGUGGUAUAAAAGUGGCAAAAUCCAGAAACAAAGUUAAUGAAACUCGUAACCCUACUAGGCAUGCCGAAAUAAAUUGUAUAGAUGAAGUCUUAAACUAUUGUCAUAGACAUAACUUUGACCAAAUGAAUUUCUUUAAAGACAUCGUUGUUUAUGUAACUGUGGAACCAUGUAUUAUGUGUGCAGCAGCUUUAAAGAAGUUAUAUGUAAAAGAAGUUGUUUUUGGUUGUCCAAAUGACAGAUUUGGAGGGAGUACAGUCUUAGAUGUAAACAAUAUAUAUGCAGAAGGAUUUCAAUUAACUGGUAACAUCUUGCCAAUUGAAGCUAUGGAAUUAUUGAAACAAUUUUACAAAGGCACUAACCCACAUGCACCAGACUCAAAGGUAAAAAAGAAAUCCAUUGAUAAAAAUGAAUAAAACAAGAUAUAUUUUAUAUAUUACUAUGUCAUGUAUUUCUAAAUUCACAGAUGUAACUUUAAACCUAAAUUCUAAUACAAUAUUUAUAUUUUAUAUUAAUAUGUAACACUAGGUGCAUUCAUAUUAUAUAAAAUAUUUAACUUUAUGACUACUAAUGUUUUUAAAUACUACAUUUUUUAUUGUAAAAUAGUGUUUAAGUGACUACUUAUGUAUCAUAUUUUAUGAACUAAUCAAAAUCAAAAGAUUCAAAUUAGUUUGCAUACUAUUUUAACAUCUGAUAAGGUAAUAAAAACUAUGGAAGUAAUAUAUUGAUUUUAUAUGAAUACAUACACACUUUAUCAUUGAAUCUAACAUAUACAUAAUAAUUAUGUUUUGCCAACAAAGGAGUAAAUAAUAAUGUGUGCAAGACAAUACUUAACAUAGAUUGUGCUUUGACUUAGAAAAAUAGUAUACUUCCUACAUAACAUUGCUAUUUUUAAUUAAACAAAAACUUAAUAAAAUAUGGUUUUAGGCAAAAAAUAUUUUUUCUCUAAAUUCAGCAUGAUAUAGAGAAAUUGGCACAGUUUCUAACAAUAUGUUUCACCAAUAAACAUUGUUUCACAUUUAAAUUUAAUAAAUAUAAUGGUGAGAUCGGUUUUUGGAUUACAAAUUAUACAC